GUAAAGCUUUGAAUGUGAUGAAAAGGACCCCACUUCCAAUAGGAAGACUGUAUGAAGAAUGCAGAGGGGCAACACAAAAACAAAAAAAAAGCUUUUAUGUCCUUAAAAUAAAACGUCUUUCCCACGUGGAUCAUUCAGAAAAAAAGGGGCAUCUAAAAAGUUCUACAGCUUUUGGCAGGACUUGCAAAAUGAACUUUAGAAAAAAAACUACUAACAUAGCAUUAACCAUAGCGAUCAUGGUGUCCCCUUGAUGGGGUAAAGAGAAAAAAAAACAUAUGCUGAGAAAAAGGGAUGGGGGGUGUCUGCUGCCCUGCUUUUCCAGCCCCUUUCAGUGGGUAUCCCAACCUAACCUCAUCAAUAAUGCUAAACUGGGAGUUUCUAAUUUGUUUGUGAAGAUGGAUACAGGUGAGCAGUGAGUUUCCUAUGAAAAUCUCUAGAAACCAAGCCUAGGUUUCUCUGUCACAGUACAGCUGCCUAGGUUGAUUAGCUUGACGAUGGUCACACUUCGUUGGAGUUGCUUUCAUCGCUGCCUUCGCCCAUCAUCUAUCUUUGCGGCCAUGAGCUCUCAGGCUGCCCAGCUAUCCUACCACUACAAGUCAUUCUGUGGGGACUAUGAGCAGGUAGAGACUGCUCUAGAGAGGCUGGAGGCCAGUGGUUACUACUGGAGUACCUUAUCUGGUACAGAUGCCAAAAAACUACUAUCUGAUCAACCAGUUGGUUCCUUUCUUAUUCGGGACUCUUCAGAUCACCAUCAUCUUUUUACUCUUAGUAUUCACACAUCUGCUGGCAUUAUAAACCUGCGUAUUAAGCUUGAUGGUACAUCGUUUUACCUUGAGACAGUGGCAGGGGCAGAGAAUCCACCAACUUUUCCUUGUGUGGUGAAAUUGGUUGAGCAUUACAUGCGUCUGACAGCAUCAGGAGAGUCAGACUCCAAUCUAUGCUACAUUGAAGGGAAAGAUCAGCCGAUUCCACUUAUGCUUACACAGCCAUUGAAUUCUAAAGUAGUUUCUCUGCAAUAUUUAUGCAAAAGGACAGUGGUGGCAAACAUGCCAUCUGAAGCUUCUAGCUGUGAAGAGAACCUGGAAGAUCUUACCGUGUCUAAAAUGUUGCGGAAUGCCUUCAAAAAUUAACACAUUUAUAUGCAGCCAUGAUAUAAAGAUCUGCAAAUACCAGAAAACUGUCACAAAAUCAGCCAUUAUCACAUGGUUUGUUUUCACUUAGCAUUAAAAUGGGAUGGAAUUAUUCUUUAAAACAAGUUGCAGGGAAAAGAAUGAAAACUGUAUUAUUAAUACAAUAGACUUUAAAAUAA